GUCAGGUGAUGAGGAGCCUUGACAACUGGUGACAUUGCGACCAUAGACUUGCUUAUUGUUACAAACUGGAGCAAAAAAUAAUAAUGUUAAUUAAGCAUUUUUGUCAUAUAUUAAUCGCAAAAACUGAUAAGCCAAAUCUAAACGGCGAGGUAUCAGAGUGUAGGUGGAAUUAAGAAAGCAGAAUCCAGAUAUCUGGACCAAUUCAGGGUAUUAGUGAACAUCAGGAUUCGAAAUGGAAGAUACUAUAGAUGUUGGCUCGUCUGGACCAGCGGUAGACAAUUUAUACCCUGCCCUAACACAAUGUUUUGCAGUCAUUCUAUGCGGGUACUUUGCAGGCAGAAUGAAUUGGGUCUCUGAGACUGAAGUGAAAGGCAUGAAUAUGUUCAUUGGAACAUUCUCCUUGCCAAGUUUGAUCUUUAUGUCCCUAGUCAAGUUAGAUCUCAGUUCUGUAAAUUGGACUUUUCUUCUUUCGAUAUUUGUAUCGAAAAGUAUUGUGUUUUUCACUGUUCUAGCUAUUACUCUGUUAGUAUUAAGACCUUUAAAUCUUGGGAGAGCAGGAAUUUUCGCUAUUUUCUGUACUCAAAGUAAUGAUUUUGCUAUUGGAUAUCCCUUGGUUGAAGCAGUUUACAAAAGCACCCAUCCGGAUUAUGUAUCAUACCUGUAUUUGGUAGCUCCAAUCAAUUUGGCCAUAUUGAAUCCUAUUGCCUUUAUCUUGAUGGAAAUCAGUCAGAAAAGACAGGCACAAUCAAGGCAGCCAUUGUUAAGUUAUGGAGAAGUUUCUGAAAAUUCCACUAAUAGUGAAAAAUUCAAGAUGAUUGCAGCUGUUGUGAAGAAUAUUUUUUUGAAUCCAAUUGUGUUCAUGACCUUAUUAGGGGUUCUUGGAAAUGUUACAAUGAAGAACAAUGUACCCUUAUAUAUCGCCAAUAUUUUAGAUACAUUGGGCUCUGCUUUUGCUGCUAGUGCUUUAUUCUUAUUAGGUGUAAGAAUGGUAGGAAAAGUUCAUACUUUGAGGGGUGCUACUCUUGUUGUACCUGGAAUUUUGAUCAUGGUAAAAUUAUUGGCAAUGCCAUUGGUAACAAGAGAAGUUGUCAGCAUUUUAAAUGCAGGUUACAACACUUCAGAAACAGUAGAUUUAAGUACUUUUGGAUUUCUCUAUGGCACAUUCCCUUCUGCUCCAGCUGUAUUUGUUUUUGCAACUCAGUAUGCUUUGGAUAUUGAUCUUAUUGCAAGUUCCAUGGUUGCUUGUACUUUCCUUAGUGCUCCUCUUAUGUUCAUCUCAGCUAAGAUGAUAACAGUUACGAGUAACGAUCCAUCUGAUUAUAUAAAACAAUUAGAUUCCUUCACUUUGGAUAUUAGUAUUAUAGGAAUUGUUGCCUGUACUUGGGUACUUGUGGUAUUUGCUCUAACUAGAAAGAUGAGUAAGAUACCACACAAGAUCACUGCUUUUCUACUUAUAUCUCAGCUCAUAAGUUGUUUGGGUGCAUUAUUAUGGAAUAUUCUCAAGGUUACAGAUGGUUGGCCAGGAUAUUCAGUUUUUGCCCUAUUUAUAGUAGGUGUUUACAGCACUAGGUUAUGGACAAGUAUUUUGGCAAUAACCUUACUCUUCUUACAAUGUAGAAGUCUUUGUUUCGUAGUGAAACUUAUUCCUCUUUUUAUAUUCAUCGGUUUUGGAAUUCCUGUUAUAUUAGCUGGGAUCAUGGUGGCUCUCAACAAAUAUCCAGAAAUUUCAUUCGAUAAAUCUAACCCCAAUUUUGUUUAUGGGAGGUUUGAAGCUAUAGUAUCCGUCACUUUGCUUGUGUUGUGUUUUAUUGUUUCUAGCGGUUGCUUGAUUCUUCAUCAGCGUUACCAUAAGAGAUUUUUGGGUUACACUGAUGUCACAAGAGAUAUAUCAGAUCGUGACAGCGGUAAUGGAUCCGUCAAUACUACCCAGCAAAGUUUAUGUGACAACCAAGCUAUUUCGGCAGGGACUAGCUCCGAAGGAGGUAAUCAUUGUAACGGUCUUCCCACCAUCAAUGAGGGUCUCUGCGAAGAGAGUCCCAUUGAAAUUGAAGAUUUGUUUGAGAAGUCCUCUAGAACUUCUUAUGUUAUGUGUCCAUCUGGAUUUGGAUGUCAGAACAGAAAUAAGGAUUCAUGUCAAGAUCUAAUUCAGAAAUACCAAACACAAAUGGAUGAUAAUUCAGAACUGAUUGAAGAAGAGUUCAAUAUCAGUCAUGAUCCUCAAAUUUUAAGACAUAUGGUCUUAUUGAUUUUGCUCUUAUGCUCCAUGUUUGUGGGACUUGCCCUUUGCGUUUGGUUUCUGUUCAUGAGGCAGAGCAAGAUGUCUGGAAUUUAUGUGGAGUUGUCCUUCUUGGACGCCACUCUAAAUUUAGGACAGAGUAUCAUAAUUUUUGGUAUCUUUGGUCUCAAUACCAGCGAGAUAGCGAUACCCUGGAUAGCUAAAUAUUGCCGUCAAAUUUGGUAUGGAGCAGAUACUUUGAAUCUACCUGCUUGGUCAGAAUUGAGUAAUGAUACUAAGCAAAUCUGUGAACAGUUUGUUACUCACCAUUUGCAAAAUUGUAAAGUUGCAAUUGCUUCUGAUAAAAGAUGGCGGAUUAAAAUAUACAGGGAUGUAUUCACUGGCCAUCUUCUAGUAGAUUGGUUGAUCAAUAUUGGUUUGGCUAGAGAUAGAGGUGAGGCGGUCAACUAUGCAAGACACCUAGUGGAAGGAAGGGUACUUAGGCAUAUUAAUAGCGUGUACCACUUCUAUGACAGGAAUUUACUAUACACUUUUGUUUGAAUGUUAUUAAUAUCACGUGAUUAAAUUGAAGAGCUGUGAGAUCAGAGAAGUAUGUUAACCUAAGAUGGCAUUAUUGUAUUGAAUUUUUUAUCAAGUUGGAUUUUUAUAUCUCAAAUUUUACUCUGUUGUUAUUUUUAUGGAACUGACUGAUGAAGACAAGCCAAACUUGACCUUUGUCUGAAUCUUAUGCAAAUAUAGGUAUAUAAAAUUAAGGCCAAAAGAAAAAAAAAACAUAAGCUGAAGUACAAUUACUAUUAUUUCUGAUUCAUAUAAUAUGGAUAAAUAUAGCACAAUUUUUUUCUUGCAAUUCUCAUUGCUAUGCUUUGAUAAUAUUAUGAACCUUUAAUCAUGAUAGUGAUUAUUAAUAAUAGGAUAGAUGUUGUUAUGAGAAUCAUUCUUAGUAGGCUCUCUGCCAUUGUAAAGUGAAUAUUUUUUAACGAUGCAACUAUUUUGUUUUUAUUCAACUGUAGUCUUUAUGAGCAGUGAUAAAAAUUGGAAGUAUUGAUUUGAAAGAUGGGUAUUUUUUGUUAUAAAGCUUUUGCUGUAUGUAGAUUUUUCGAUGUUCCAACUGUUUAAUCUCUAAUAAAGAUACCAAAGAUUGCUUGGGAUAAACUGAUGACCAAUAUAUUCUCAUUUUUAAUGAAUUUAGUAUAUUGGUUUGUUUCCUUUUUAGUGAAAAUUUGUUUUAUAAGAUAAAACUUUUCUUAGUACUUUCUCGAAUUGCUCACUAGGAAUAAGAGGAACUAACUUCAUUCUUUCACUCAUCAAAUAACUCACUUUUCCUUUUUUCAUAAAAAUUUAUUUGAAAUACAAAAUAUUGAAUUUACUUGUAAAAAAUGUUUAUUGUUAUGUUUCGGUUUUUAUUUAAUUAGUAUUUAUUUCAAUGUUACUAAUUUGUUUUACAUUCAUAUAUUCAAAUGAAUAAUUCUGUGAUAGAAUUUUUUUGUGAUACAGAGCGAGUUGUGAAUAAAGGCAUGUAAAUAGUU